UGUGGUUUCCAGGAUUUGCACAAAAACCUGGAGAAGAAGUUGGCAGAGUUCCACGAGAGGGAGGACUGCAUCCUCUACGCCAGCUGCUUCGACGCCAACGCCGGACUGUUUGAGGUCCUGCUGGGUCCCGAGGACGCCGUGUUGUCCGACGAGCUCAACCACGCCUCCAUCAUCGACGGCAUCCGUCUGUGUCGGGCCAAGCGGCUGCGCUACAAACACCUGGACCUCAGAGACCUGGAGAGCAAGCUCAAGGAGUCUCAGUCCUCUCGCAUGCGGCUGGUGGUGACAGACGGGGUCUUCUCCAUGGACGGGGACGUGGCCCCUCUCGUAGGAAUCUGUGACCUGGCGGAGCAGUACGGGGCCAUGGUGUUCAUCGAUGAAUGCCACGCCACCGGUUUCCUGGGUCCUCGGGGCAGAGGAACUGAUGAGCUCCUGGGCGUGAUGGAGCGUGUUGACAUCGUCAACUCCACCCUGGGAAAAGCCCUGGGAGGUGCAGCUGGUGGUUACACGGUGGGCCCCAAGCCUCUCAUCGACCUGCUUCGGCAGCGUUCUCGGCCCUACCUCUUCUCCAACUCCCUGCCUCCUCCCGUGGUGGGCUGUGCCACGCGGGCGGUGGAGCUGCUGCUGGCCUCCAGUGACAUUGCCCACACCAUGUCUGCCAAGACCAUGAGGUUCCGGAACAAGAUGACCGAGGCGGGCUUCACCAUCUCAGGCUCCGCCCACCCCAUCUGCCCGGUGAUGCUGGGCGACGCGCGGCUGGCGUCGCUCAUCGCGGACGACAUGCUGAAGCUAGGAGUCUACGUGAUCGGGUUCUCCUUCCCGGUGGUUCCCAAAGGCAAAGCCAGAAUCCGCGUUCAGAUUUCGGUGGCGCACACGGACGACGACAUCGAUCACUGCGUGGACGCCUUCGUUCAGACGGCUCGCAAGCAUGGCGUCGUGUCUUGAAGACCAGGGAAGUGACUUGACUUCUUCACUAUAUUGACCAGGAUCAAUACACAAUGUUAUUGAUCAUCCUGGGGGGGGGAAUAAUGUUUUCCACUUGGUAUUAAAUACAUGACUCAAGUUGAAAUAUUGUGUGCAGCCAAAGUGAGUCAAUAUUUAUACUCUGCAAUAUUUAUACUCUGCAAAUUGAAUAUUUAUACUCAGCAAAUUAAAUAUUUAUACUCUGCAAAUUGAAUAUUUAUACUCAGCAAAGAGGAAACUGUCAAAGUUGACUUUGAUAUAAAAUGUAUAAAAAAGUGUUUAUUUCCACUUGAUUAGUCACUAAACACCAAAGUGUAAAAAAAGGCUGUUUACUUAUUUUAAAGUGUCCUUGCUAACUAAAAAUAAUAAUAAUAAACAAUGAAUUAAAAUCAAUGUUAUAAAUUAUUGAUCCAAUUUUUUUACAUCAAAUAUUUUACUUUGAAAUAUUUUUAGGCACAAUAUAGCAUUUUUAUGUCA